UUUCUCUCUCCAUUUAUCUCCGCAACCUUCGUGCUUUCUUGCACUGCGCAUUUCCGCCAUUAAAAUUCACACUGCCUUUUUCUUUCUCUCUCCCCUAAACCCUUUGAGCAUCUUCCACUUUUGGUUGAAGCUCUAGGGUUUAGAUUUUUCCAAUCAAUUUGCGAUAUUUUUGUUCAAGAUUUUGUUUCUUUAAUUUUUGUUCAUAGUUCAGUUACUACUUACUACUGUACUAUUACAUUCGAUUUUCAUCUUCAAAAUUUCGAUCAAUUUUGCAAUAUUAUGGAUCUUCCGAGUUUAGCUGUCAUCCUUCGUGCUGCUCUUAGUCCUAAUCCCGAUGAACGCAAAGCUGGUGAAGAGAGCCUUAAUCAGUUUCAAUACACACCGCAGCAUACUGUCCGGCUAUUACAGAUUAUAGUUGAUGGGAAUUGCGAUAUGGCAGUGAGGCAGGUUGCUAGUAUUCAUUUUAAGAACUUCAUUGCUAAGAAUUGGUCGCCUCAUGAUCCUGAGGAGCAAUCCAAGAUCGCACCUGCUGACAAGGACAUGGUGCGGGAGAAUAUCCUUGUUUUUGUGGCUCAAGUCCCAACGCUCUUGAGGGUGCAGCUGGGCGAGUGCCUCAAAACAAUUAUCCACACUGAUUACCCUGAGCAGUGGCCUGGCCUUCUUCACUGGGUGAAGCAUAAUCUACAAGAUCAACAGGUUUAUGGUGCUCUGUUUGUUUUGCGGAUUCUCGCUAGAAAAUAUGAGUUCAAAUCGGAUGAUGAGAGAACACCUGUGCAUCUAAUUGUCGAGGAAACAUUUCCUCCUUUGCUCAAUAUAUUUAACAAGCUUGUUCAGAUUCCCAAUCCUUCAAUCGACGUGGCAGAACUUAUAAAGCUUAUUUGUAAAAUAUUUUGGUCAUCGAUCUAUCUGGAGAUACCUAAACAGCUUUUUGAACCCAACUUGUUCAAUGCUUGGAUGGUCCUUUUUCUAAACAUUUUGGAGAGGCCUGUUCCAUUAGAAGGUCAGCCCGCAGAUCUAGAACAACGGAAGUCGUGGGGUUGGUGGAAAGUAAAAAAAUGGACGGUUCACAUCUUGAAUCGAUUGUACACAAGAUUCGGAGACAUGAGACUCCAAAACCCUGAGAACAAAGCUUUUGCCCUGAUGUUUCAGAAGAGUUAUGCAGGGAAGAUUUUGGAUUGCCAUUUGAAUUUGUUAAAUGUGAUCCGUGCUGGUGGCUAUCUACCUGACAGAGUUAUCAACCUUAUUCUGCAAUAUCUAAGCAAUAGUAUCUCAAAGUCCAGUAUGUAUCAGCUGUUGCAACCAAGACUUGAUGUUCUUCUUUUUGAAAUAAUCUUUCCCCUGAUGUGUUUCAAUGACAAUGAUCAAAGGCUUUGGGAUGAGGACCCUCAUGAAUAUGUAAGGAAAGGCUAUGAUAUUAUUGAGGAUUUGUAUAGUCCAAGGACUGCUGCAAUGGAUUUUGUAAGUGAAUUGGUUAGGAAACGUGGAAAGGAGAACCUGCAAAAGUUUAUUCAGUUUGUUGUUGAGAUUCUGAAGAGGUAUGAUGAGAUCCCAGUGGAACACAAACCCUAUCGGCAGAAAGAUGGUGCCCUUCUUGCUAUAGGUGCACUUUGUGAUAAGUUGAAGCAAACUGCACCGUACAAGUCCGAGUUGGAGCGCAUGUUAGUGCAACAUGUGUUUUCUGAGUUUAACAGCCCUGCUGGUCACCUAAGAGCUAAGGCAGCUUGGGUUGCUGGCCAAUAUGCCCACAUUAACUUCUCUGAUCAAGAUAAUUUCCGAAAAGCACUUCACAGCGUGGUGGCUGGGUUGCGUGAUCCAGAGCUUCCGGUUCGCGUUGAUUCAGUUUUUGCAUUGCGCUCUUUCGUUGAAGCUUGCAAAGAUUUGGGAGAGAUACGCCCCAUUCUACCACAAUUACUUGACGAGUUUUUCAAACUUAUGAAUGAGGUUGAAAAUGAAGACCUUGUCUUCACUUUGGAGACUAUUGUUGACAAAUUUGGGGAAGAGAUGGCACCUUAUGCUUUUGGAUUAUGCCAGAAUUUGGCUGCUGCAUUUUGGAAGUGUAUGAGUACUGCCGAAGCUGACGAAGAGGGUGAUGAUCCAGGUGGUGCAUUGGCGGCUGUUGGUUGUUUACGAGCUAUUAGCACAAUUCUCGAAUCUGUCAGCAGGCUUCCUCAUCUCUUUGCACAAAUUGAGCCUACUCUUCUGCCUAUAAUGCGGAGGAUGUUAACUACUGAUGGCCAGGAGGUUUUUGAAGAAGUUUUGGAGAUAGUGUCCUAUAUGACAUUCUUUUCUCCUACAAUCUCUCUGGAUAUGUGGAGUCUUUGGCCGUUGAUGAUGGAUGCACUGUCAGAUUGGGCUAUUGAUUUUUUUCCGAAUAUCUUGGUACCUUUAGACAAUUAUGUAUCCCGCAGCACUGCUCAUUUUCUGACAUGCAAAGACCCAGACUACCAACAAAGUCUAUGGAAAAUGAUUUCUUCUAUAAUGUCUGAUAACAAUCUCGAAGAUGGUGAUAUUGAGCCUGCGCCCAAACUCAUAGAAGUUGUGUUUCAGAACUGCAAGGGUCAAGUUGAUCACUGGGUUGAGCCUUACUUGAGGAUCACCGUUGAGCGUCUGCGUAGAGCUGAGAAACCAUAUUUGAAAUGCCUUCUUAUUCAAGUGAUUGCGAAUGCUCUAUAUUACAACCCAAGCUUAGCAUUGAGUAUACUCCAUCAGCUUGGUGUUGCUACAGAGAUAUUUAAUCUUUGGUUCCAAAUGAUACAGCAAGUAAAAAGAAGCGGUGCUCGUGCUAAUUUUAAGAGGGAGCAUGAUAAGAAAGUAUGCUGUCUGGGAUUGACUUCGCUGUUAUCACUUCCUGCUGACCAACUACCAGUGGAAGCACUUGGACGGAUUUUUAGGGUUACACUUGAGCUGCUUGUUGCAUACAAGGAGCAGGUGGCUGAAACUGCAAAGGAGGAUGAGGCUGAAGAUGAUGAUGAGAUGGAUGGAUUUGAAUCAGAUGGUGAAGAUGAAGGUGAUGGCUCUGACAAAGAAAUGGGAGUUGAUGAGGAUGAAGGAGAUGAUGCUGACAGCAAUCAUCUUAAUCGUUUAGCAGCACGGGCUAAAGCUUUUCGAUCCACUGAUGAGGAUGAUGAUGAUUCUGAGGAUGAUUACAGUGAUGAUGAAGAGUUACAAUCUCCGAUUGAUGAGGUUGAUCCUUUCAUAUUGUUUGUUGAUACAGUUAAAGUUAUGCAAGGUUCAGAUCCUUUAAGGUUCCAAAACUUGACUCAAACUCUUGAGUUCCAAUAUCAAGCUUUGGCCAAUGGAGUUGCCCAGCAUGCUGACCAAAGACGGGUGGAGAUUGAGAAAGAGAAAUUGGAGAAGGCAGCAGCUGCGCCCUCAUGAUUUCAUGUUACGGGAAAUCAAGCAUUCUUUAUGUUAUAAAUUGCAGAUCUUUGACUAUUCCAUGUGUGAUGCAUCCGGUGUUUGGAGAUUGUGGCAGUGAUGAAGUUUGAGUGAAUGUCAAGGAAUAUUGGCCGGAAGGUGUUCGGGUUUUUUUCCUUAUGUUGCCGACGGAAAGAAAUUGCGAGACUUGGAAGGUCUCUCACAUACCUCUGGGGUGGGCUUUUCCUGGCGGAAGAUGCCUAGCUCCUUGCAUACUGUAGGAGUUGGCUUUGUCAUGGUUUGCAACUUCACUUUCGGCUUUUGUAGGUUUAGGAAAUGUUUGGUCUACUUCUAUGAACAAAUGUGGAGAUAAGUUGCAGGGUGUAUAUUACGCAUUCUUUAUGUAUUUAUUUAGUCAUCAACCAGGGUAUCCAAGGUUGUGUUCACAAUUUUGUGUCUAGUGGGGGCCCUUUUUUGUUCCUUUUUGUUAUACCAUGCAUUCGGGGCUUCAGCACUAUAUCGAUUGUUGGGCCUUUAAUUCAUCUUUCUUGUGAGAGAUGUUUUCAAUUUUGCCUAUGAUGUAGCAGGUUAAGGUGACUUGCUGGUCGAUGUAAGACUUGAUUUUUUUGUAUCAUAUCAAAUACGUUGAGUUGA